AUGCGACGUAUCGAUUGGCAAAGUUUUCUGACGACAGGUGUACUAUCAAUUUGUUUGGUUGCUCUCUGCGCCAAUCGAGUAUUAGUAUAUCAUUUUUAUGGUAAUCAGGGAGUUUUCUCAUCAAAUGUACUUCUUUCAAUAUGGUUAAUUAUUCUUCCUGAUCUCUUUGUUCUUCUUAUUUUGUACACACUAUUAGUUUAUAUCGGAUGGAAAUAUCCACAGUAUGGUAUAUACGGUAUCUUACUAGGUUUAUGUUACGCAAUAUUUGUCAUUCUGGUUUCAACGUGCAAUAUCAUCAUGUUAACAGUAACAGGUCGAAAUAUCGAAUGGAAGAUUGUAUUCGAAGUUGACUUUGAAGCGACGUACAGCUUGUAUACUCCACAUGUAUCUUCAUUCAUUUCGCUGUUAAUUUCUUAUUUUCUUCUUGGCUGUACUAUUUGGUCAGUUACAUACCGGUACAUACCGAACCAUAUCGAUUUAAAUACUACUUAUUUUCAAAUCAUCAAAUUCUCGAUUUUUAGCAUUGUUCUUACAUAUAUGUUUCUCAGUAUCUUUGAUCUUAUUCCACCGGUAUAUGGAAACUUGUCAUCGAAUAUGGCGUUGACAUAUUUUCCAGAAAUAAUUGCAUACCAUUGGAAAGCAUUUAUAUUCAUGUCAUUUCACACAAUGGAAACCGUUUCGAAUGCUGUAGUACAAGCAGUUCGCGCACCGUCUGUCAAUAUUUCUCAGCCAUUAGUUAUUUUGAAAAAGCCAGUCCAACAUGUUUGUCUGAUUAUUCUUGAAUCAGUGCGUGCUGAUACAGUUCCGUUAAAUCAAUCAUUUGCCAAAGCUGUUCGCGCUAGUUUUUCCUCAGGAACCAAUGCUGCAAAAGUCACACCAUUUCUCAACUCGUUAUGGGAAAACUCCGUUCGUACAACCGCUUGGUCAACUUCAUCAUAUACGUUAAAAAGUCUCGUGAGCAUUUUUUGUGGAAUUUAUCCACUUCUUGGGAAUUUUCUCAAAGAAAUCAAAUACAAGGAUGGUUUCUAUGAAAAAUGUUUACCAGAAUUGCUUCACGAUACAUUUCGAACUAAGAGUAAUCAAUCAAAGUUCCAUUCAGCAAUCUUCACCACUGCGCGUGGUGAUUUCGAUCAUCAACAGCAAUUAUUCCAACAAUUUCAAUUCGAUAAGAUAUAUGAUGCAGCAGACAUUUAUGAGAAGGAAGGAUACGUUCCUGAUGUCGGUAUGUUUGGUCCUGAGGACACGCAUAUUUUACCGUUAGUAUGGAAAUGGUUAGAUGAUAGCUUAGCUGAGGCAAAACCUAGUCGGUUAUUUAUGAGUUUAUUAGCAACUGGAACGCAUGAACCAUUUACUGUACCAGAUGAUUACUAUUCAAGAGAAUAUCAAGAUUUUAUUGAUGAUAUCUAUGUUAAUUCGUUUCUUAAUGCUCUACAUAUCAGUGAUAGAUUAGUGAGCGAUAUUAUUCAAGGUUUUAAACGACGUCACAUCUAUGAUAAUACACUUUUCAUUAUAGUCAGUGAUCAUGGUUAUGUGUUUAAUGACCAUGGUAGUCAGAUACGAGGAUUAUUAAGUAAUCCUUUAGAGCCAGCUUUUUCAGUUCCAUUAAUGUUUCAUAAUCCACAUCUGAUAGCUAAGUCACUUACCGAACAAUUUAGUACAAUGGAUAUUUUACCAACAAUUAUGGAUAUAUUAUUAUCGUCGACGAAAUCAAGGAAAAAAUCAAUGAAUCGGUUGUUAUCGGUUUCAGAAACGCGACUUCAAUCGAUAUUUUCUCGAUAUGAAGGUCGAUCUAUUCUUCGAAUGCCAGUCGAACAGCAAGCUGAACGACUAACAUUCAGUUUAGCAAAUCCCGGCGGUGCAUUUGCAAUUGCUCGACAAUAUCCGAGAAAAUUGUCGUAUGAUGUCACAAAUGAUGAAGUACAUCUAUAUCAUCUCGGACAUGACCCAACAGAAUCCACUGAUCUACUCGCUUUGAAUGGUGACGAUUCCGAUACGUAUCCACCAUGGAUUGAUAUCAAAUCUGCUUUGCAACCGAGACGAAAAUGGAAAGGACGUUGGGCUCGUGAUAUACUCGACAUUGAUGUUUUUAGUCAAAUAUUGUCGAAUAAGAAGGAAAUGGAGUCAUCGUCCAUGUCUGAAAAAACAAAAUUAGAUUUGAAUGAAAUGAUGAAUUGGGCGGAGCAGACAUUUGAAUUGACACGUCUAUGGACAAGACUGAUCAACAAACGAUAUUACGAUGCUAUGACUAUCUUCCGUGACAAGAAAACAGCAGAAGAUUAA